AUGGUCAAGCACAACAACGUCAUCCCUAAUGGACAUUUCCACAAGUACUGGGAAUCCCGAAUCAAGACUUGGUUCGACCAGGCUUCCAAGAAGAAGACCCGCCGCUUGAGACGUAAGGCCAAGGCUGCUGCCAUUGCCCCGCGUCCGGCUGCUGGUCUGCUGCGUCCUGCUGUGCACUGCCCUACGAUCAAGUAUGGCUCAAAGGUCCGUGCUGGCAAGGGCUUUACGCUCGAGGAGCUCAAGGUGGCUGGCAUCAACCGCAAGCAGGCUAUGAGCAUCGGCAUUGCCGUGGACUUUCGUCGCACGAACCUGUCGGUUGAGUCGCUCCAGGCCAACGUGCACCGUCUUAAGGCGUACAAGGCCAAGCUGGUAGUGUUCCCACGCAAGAGUAACAAGAUCAAGAACGGUGACUCGGCUGUUGAGGAGACCAAGAAUGUCGUGCAGCACAAGGGCGCGAUCCUGCCGAUCUCUCGCUCGAGGGUCAAGUCGACGACUGCCGUCAUCACGCCCGAGAUGAAGGAGAAGAGCGUGUUUGCGCAGCUGCGUGUGGCCCGUGCCGACAAGCGCAUUUUUGGCAAGCAGGCCAAGCGUUUGGCGGACAAGAAGGAGGCCAAGAAGUAA